AUGCCUCGUGCUAAGAAGACUCCCACGACAGAGUUGGUCGUAAAGCCUCCACGAAAGAAGCCAGGACCCAAGCCAAAGCCGCUGUCAGAACGCGUCUACAAGCCGGCCAGGCCAAUUCAACGCAUCGAGAACAGCUACUCUCAGAGAAGAAAGGAAGAAGUUCUGCUGUAUCUUCUCAAUCACACAAUUUACGACCCCGAUAGUUGGAAGUCGGUCAAUUGCUAUAGAAAGCCUUUCCAAAGAGAUGCUGCAAAGCAUUUCAAGAUACCAGAGGCCACGAUACACACUUGGUGGAAGAAUAGGACAUCAAUCCUGAAUCGGGAGAAGAAAUCGAGGAAGAAGAGGACAUCCAAGGACCAACCCGUCCCUGAAGCGGGAGAAACAGCAUCGCUAGAGACGGACAGCACGGGGUCAGAAGCGCCAGAAGCAUCAGAAACUCCAGCAUCAGAGCCAGCAGAUCAAGAGUCGCCAGCUCCACAAACAGCAGACACAGAUCCAGCCGCAGGAGACCCAGCAACAGCGGGCGAAGCCGGCCCUGAGUCGAGCGAGGCUCAGAAUACAUGA